AUGUGCGAACGAAUUAGACUACAAUCGCAUCCAUACGUCGAAGGCGGCUGCGAUACAUUGUUCCUUCCUAUGGGUGUUUCAGCCGAGUCUAGAAAGCAAGGUCUCUAUCAGCUGCAACAUCGAGGACAAGACGCGUGUGGCAUUGCAACCACGGAAUUCCUGGGACCAUAUCAUUGCAUCAAAGGAAAGGGUUUGGUAAGCGAAGUUUUCGAUUCAAACCUGAUAGGAACAAAUUUAAUCGGAUAUAUGGGACUGGGACAUGUCAGAUAUCGUACUUCUGGUACCAUAAGAGAUCUGGAAGCACAGCCGAUUUCCAGCCAUGGCACUCACGACAUAUUCUUGGUACAUAAUGGACAUGUGUCAGAAUCUGCCGGGAAACGCGAAUUUCAGCAUCAGAGAUCAGAUUCGUACAUUAUCCUUUCCUCCAAGAUUUUCCUCGCAUUGCAUCAAGUGUAUCUCAAAUGCAGCGGCUCUUUUUCUUGUCUAAUCAUGUUCAACGCCAAGUUUGUCGUAGGGUUCCGAGAUUCCCAUGGAAUUAAGCCUUUGAUCCUUGGUCAGCGGCGGAAUCAUGACAGCUCCCACGAUUACAUGCUAGCAAGCAAAACUGUCGCUUUAGAAAAGCUAGAUUAUGUCCCGAUGCGGGACAUCAGUCCACGAGAAGCUGUUCUUAUCGAUGUCACCGCAAACAACCAACUCGAAUUCCAUCAGGUUGUGAACCUCAAAAGCUAUUUGCUCGAUAUCUUCGAGCUUGUAUAUUUCGCUCGUCCGGAAAGCACUCUCGAUGGAAUCAACGUGAAGGACUGCCGACGACGUAUAGGUUGCGCCCUCGGCAGUAUGGUGCUCGAAACGUUAGGAGCUGUUACGUGCGGUAAGAUAGACGUGGUCAUACCAGUUCCCGACUCUGGUUAUAAGAGGCUCAAAACUGUGUGGAGAAAAUUGAGUACUGUCAGUUCCGGGUUUCAAGCCAAGAAUGUUCUUAUUGUUGACGAUAGUAUCGUUCGUGGUGGCACCAGUCGUGAAAUUGUCAGAAUAGUAAGAAAGGCGGGUGUGAUACAAGUAGUAUUCGCAAGCAGCUCACCGGCUAUAAGGUACAAUCAUAUCCAUGGCAUUGACCUAGCCGAGCCAGAAGCGCUCAUAGCUCACGGGCGCACUGAAAGUGAGGUAGCACAGACUAUUGGCGCCGAUAAAGUUGUUUAUCUCCCCCUGGAUAUGUUGUUGGCAUGUUGCCUGGCCUCCCGGGCGCAAUUAUCAAAAGUAUAUGGUUUCGAGGUCGGUUUUUUUUAA